AGCCACCCGUCGGUACAGUAGUGCCCGCCCCCUACAGCACUAGGAUAAGAUCCUGCGCCUGUCCUACGGCUUUCUUCUUUCCUUUCUCUCAUAUCCGCAAUUGCUCGACCCUUGGUGCGGGGCAGUGAAUGGGGCCCGCUGCUAUGGACAUCAGAGGAGGCAAGCAGCCGUCGACAUGGGACGAGUACGAGGGCGUCCACCGCGGUUCCGUGGACUCCACAGGGAGUCGCGUGCACUGGGACGAGCUCGAGCGGAGACCAAGCGGGCAGAGCACCACCACAGCCGAAGGCGACGUCAACGGGCAUGGCGGGCUUCGGCGGCGAAGGUCUUCCAUGUCGAUGCGCAUUAGCGCCCUGGGCGACGCCGGCGGAGUCAACAGCUUGAACAACUUCGCCCGCUCGUGGACGCGCGCCGCCGGCUUCUUCGAGAUCACCCCCGUCCGGCCCAGCUUCCGCGUCGAAGGCGAAGAGGACCGGCAAGACUUUCCGCGCGCGGGCUUGUCCGUCCCCGACCACCGAUCGCUCCUGCGCGAAGCCCUCGAGACGGAUGCAGAUGGAAGGCGCCCCUCGGAAAACGCCGUCGUGGACGAGGAACAAGGCGGGCCCACCGAGGAGACGCAUCUGCUGCCGUCCGCCGUCGAACAGCGACUGAGCCACAGGAGAUCACACCGCGAUGAGAGCAUAUUCAGCAUUGAGCCGUCUCUUUCCUCGCCCUUCGGGGGAAGCUACGGCACAUCGUAUGGCAGCCUUACGGCUCGCGUCAAUGAGUCGUCCAUGCGUCACGCUGGGCGACUGUUCACAGAGCAGCAGCUAAAAGGCGUUACAGAACCCGAGCAGGAAAGAGAGCCGUUGCUUGUCAAGCAGAUCGAAGAGGAUGGACAUGUCAUCAACGUUGUCGUCGGUCAAUCGACCCUUCCGCAGACUGUGUUCAAUUCGGUCAAUGUCCUCGUCGGCGUUGGAUUGCUCGCUCUACCGCUGGCGUUCAGGUACUCCGGAUGGAUCGUUGGAAUCGUUUUCUUCGCGUUCUCGGCGGCGACAACAUCCUACACGGCGAAGCUGCUCGCCAAGUGCCUUGACGUGGAUAGCUCGCUGAUCACUUUCGCCGACCUCGCCUACGUCUCCUACGGCAACCGUGCUCGUGCUGCUGUCAGCGUUCUCUUCUCCCUCGAAUUGCUUGCGACCUGUGUGGCGCUUGUCGUGCUCUUCGCCGAUACCAUGGACGACCUCGUCCCCGGCUGGGGCGUCCUUGCUUGGAAGAUCGUUUGCGGUGUCAUUUUGAUUCCCCUCAAUUUCCUCCCAUUGCGAUUGCUGUCAUUUACAUCUGUCCUAGGCGUAAUGUGUUGCUUGGGUAUCACCAUAGCCAUCUGGGUCGACGGCAUCAUCAAGCCGCACCAGCCCGGCUCUCUCCGCGAACCGGCAACGCAGUACCUCUUCCCUGCGAACUGGAUGACAAUUCCCCUCUCCUUUGGUCUCCUCAUGUCGCCUUGGGGAGGGCACAGCGUCUUCCCCAAUAUCUACCGCGACAUGCGCCAUCCGUAUAAAUAUCGAAAGGGCGUCAACAUCACCUACACCUUUACCUUCUUCAUCGACCUUGGUAUGGCAUGCGCGGGCAUCCUCAUGUUCGGAGACGGCGUCCGUGAGGAGAUCACCAGCAACAUCUUUGUCACUGGCGGCUAUCCGAAGGGAUUGUCAGCCUUUAUCGCAAUAGCCAUUGCCAUCGUCCCGCUGACCAAAGUUCCGCUCAACGCCCGGCCCAUCGUGUCCACUUUGGAAGUCCUCCUCGGGCUCGAUGCGCGCUCUCUCGCUGCCGCCUCGUCCUUGAACGGCAUGUCUGGUCUAAACCGCGGCAUCUUCAAGUUCCUACUUCGCGUUACCAUCACGGUUAUCUUCGUCGUCAUUGCAAUUGUUUUCCCUUCUUUCGACCGGAUCAUGACAUUGCUUGGAAGCGUGGCCUGCUUUUCCAUUUGCAUCAUCUUGCCGCUUGCUUUCCACCUAAAGUUAUUCGGGAAAGAGAUUGGAAGAGGGGAGAAGGCGAUCAAUUGGACGCUGAUAGUGUUGUGUACGGUGAUGGCGGUUGUUAGUACGGUGUUUGCCUGCAUUCCUAAGGAGCUAAUUGGCGCUGCAUGACGACGGUGGGAUGAACAUGUUCUAGAGGAUAUGGGCUAGACUAAUAAUAGAUAUGCGAUGUGGAGGUAGAGAGAAGAUUGACGAAGGAUGGUUACUCUUGCCUCCAGGCUCUCAACGCGGUAAGUCUAUCUGUCGGGCUAGGGACGGAAGGAUCGAG